AUGUAUCAGGAUGGUUCUUUCUAUGCAAACUUGGAGAUAUCCUUGACUGCGACCUCUUUACAGGUAGCUGCUCUAGAUGCACGUUAUCGGCUCGCAGAAUACAGAGAUUGGGAGGUGAAAGUCGCUUUCCUCCAAUUGGCUAUCUCAUCUGGAUGUAAAGAGUACUUUGGGGAGGUUGAAAAAACCUUAAAGCAAGUGGGAAGGAUGAAGUACCUCCGCCCACUGUAUACUGCUUUGGUGCAAGGCACCGGAAGGGACGAAGAGAAGAUGUUGGCCAAAAGAAUCUUCGCAGAGGCUCAUGACAGUUAUCAUCCAAUUGCUCAGGGUGUUGUGGAGACCAUCCUGUCUAAGAAUGGUUAG